AUGCGGAUUACGUUCGAGCAGCAUGGAUUUACGGUUUCUGCUGAGGAGAUAAAAAUCAGGAUGCACAAUCUCACUGCUAGAUACAGGAAAGAGAAAAAUCUGAUUGGGCCAUCUGGAGGGUCGCCUUCAAAGUGGCCGUAUUAUGUGGAAGUGCAUCGAAUUCUAGGCAGCUUCCGUAUCCACAUUGUGGAAGAGGUUGUAGAAGAGAGCAUUUCUGAUACCGAUGCGACUGAAGAAUGGUUGGAGAAUGAACACCCUUGUAGUGGAUCGGAAAUCUCUCCGACACCAUCUUCAUCUAGAUCUCCAUCGUCGUCGGGACGCUCAGCUGCGACGAAAAAAAAGAUCGUCAAUCAGGAUAUUCUCGAUGAGGUGAAGAGGAUCAACGCAAUAAUACAAGCCGAGUUCGAGCGUGUUCGAGAUACUGACGAGAGAUUAAUUGGUUUAGAAACCGAAAGAAACGAACUGCUAAGGGAGAUGAACGAACACGUGAAGCUAUUCAAUGAGACGUUCAUUAAUAUGAUGUCAAAGCUUUCCUGA